AUGGCGAAGGAAUCGUUCGAGGCCCAGAUGGCCGGCUUGGAAAAAGCCCAAGGACAGCCAGAGAAGAUAUUAGAAGAAGCUGCCAGCAUCCUGGGGCUCGACCUCGAAGCUACUAUUGCACAAGGCGCCACGGAUCCCAUUUUUGAAACGUCUCCCGCAUCGCACGGUUUUAAAGAGCAAUGGGUUCUGCGCUGGCUCCUGAAGAGACUGGGAGCCUUGGACAAAGCGAGGAAUGGAGAAAGCAAGGUUGGGGCCUCUCAAAAAAGUUUCAUCCUGUCCCCGAAGUUCUGGUCCCUCCUCCUCAAUUUACUUUGCUCAAUACCUGGCGAUGUGUGCUCAGAUAUUCUUCUCGAGCGAGACUUCCCGCGAUUGCUGGUUGGCUUUAAUCGAGAGCUUCUUUCCCUGGAAACUCGACUCAGUCCGAUCGCAAUGGAGGACAAUGAUCUUGAAAACGGUUGCCGUCCAGCAAAACGGAGAUGCUUGUCCCCGUUAGUGGACAACCCAAGUGCAGUGCUCCCCCAGCAAAAGUUGCUAUGGUUGGCUUUGCAAACAGGUAGUCGUUGCGUCGGCUUGUCUUCCACGUCUUCUACUCCUCCCCACGGGGCAACUCGUACCCCUUUGACAAAGACCGCAUCGUGGACAGAUCAUUCCGCCUUACUGGGUAGCUUGCUUGAGCUAGUGGCAUGUAUCCUUGAUCAGAGCAUUGGCAGCCCAGAUCCUUCUCUCAUUUCUGCGAUACUAGAGACAUUGCUGUCCUCUUGGGACGCGCUUGCCCCUACCUUCCAGAAAAACUCGGACGUGCAGGACGAGGCAUUCUCCUCGCAUUGCCUUCUCCCCUGUCUGCGUCUGGUCGACAUUUUGGCCAGAUUGGGGUUCAGCCAGGGACCCUUUGCGCAAUCCAGAGCUGCGCUUGAGCGCCUGAUAGCGCUACAUGUCGUCUUCCCCUUGCGAGCAAUGUUCAACGAACAAUUCACCAAGAAAUGGAGGGUCGUAACGGACAUUCUGCUCUUCGAGCACAUGGAAACUUUGCUAAAAGCAUACAACAACCUCAUUAUUUGUGCAGAGAACGAAAAUUCUCAACAGUUCGGGCCGAAUGCUGUCCUAGGCAUCAAGGAAUUCUCCUGGAUCAUCCUCGAUGUAGCUGUGCGCUCGAUGCCCGUUUUAGACUUCCGCAGGCGACAACAGGAGCAACCAUAUAUUGACUCCUUGUUUAUUUGGCUUGUUCAUAUCACCUGGCCUCGUAUCCCGCACAUCACAUCAACUGGGGUCCUCCAACAACCACCACCUACCGUUGGCUCAAUUGCUGGUGUUCAGGAUACGUGGGCGCAAUCAACGGAGCGUCUGAUCGAAGUUGCUCACAAAAGAAAGCUGCAACUGGGCCUGCAAAUAAUUACCUACGUCCUUCAGGCUAUGUUAGCUACAGACACGGAAUCGGCACCCUGGAGUCUUUUGGCCAAAACUAUUCAGCUGGAUGUGAAUAUCCUAGUAUCGCACUCGAGCCUCUCCACUUCCACAACCCUCUUGGAACAAGUCUUGGACCGGAUUGAAUUAAGCACUGUCUCUGAAACUGCGUACGACCUUGUGCGAGAUCAAAUUAUUCGCCCCUUGCUCCGAAGCUUUGCCCGCUCUAGAGAUCUGGAUAGUUUCAUUAUUGGCUGGCAAAGAAUGCUCGCUGAAGCAAUAAGGGUCCGUUACACGUCGAGACACGAUCAAAAAGACUGCUCUGCUGUGUUGGCUUGGGAGGACGAAGACGUCUUCGACGAAUAUAAACCUCUCGUCGCUGUAUAUGCGCCACCAAACAUGGGUCAGCGGAUGCUCGAGAGCUUGAUUGAACCCAUCGCCGAAAUCGCCGACAAGGUUGGCUCUACGGCGGAAGUCUUUGCAAGGCUGGCUAUUUUCUGCGCCAUCCUGGAAAGCCCGUUAUCCGAAGUCAGAAACCCAGGGUUCGACCAACAUCAACUGGUUGUUCUAUUACACGGGGCAAAGAAUGCUCUGUCUCGAAGGUCGGACUAUCAAGGCCAACGCUGGAGGCUGUGGAGACUGAUUGGACUUGUGGUGCAAUCGUUAGAUGGCAAGGCGCUGCCUGCUGAUCUUGAGACGUUGCUGGACUUUGCCAACCACUUCGUGUCUCUGCAGGACAUUCGGAGCUUUCAAGAGGCUGACACAGGCAGACACGUGGCCAGGUAUCUUGAAUGUCUCGAAUGCUUUUCUCUCCUUGUCCAGUUGGCUUCGCAAUCGAAGCAAUACCAACCAAGACUGGAAUCAGAGGCGAGCCAUCUAGCAGAUCUGUUGCAGCGCUUGGAUCAAGAUCGUGGAAUCCUGUGGGAUGGGCGUCGCUCCAAGUGCAACAGCGUCCAUGAUCUGGUGGCUGCAUGCGUUGGCAGACUAUUACAAAGCUCCAAGUUGUUCUCAAUGUACCCCGAAAGCUUUGGCGCGUUCAUCCAGGCCUGCCUCGAGAAAGUCUUCCAGCCCUUGCAGCAAGAUUCCACAAGCGAUGCUCUGCCAGAUUUGCACGACCUUCUGCUGGCUAUGUUGGAAGUUGAGGACAUUUCCCGGACUCCGGCUCUACGACGCCUGAUUUUCGACUACAUUGAUAAGAACCUGUGGUCGACCAAUAGCAGCAGAAAGGUUUGCAUGAGGCUUCUGCACCGCCUGUCAAUGGAAAAGUUGAGCAAGCCAAUGAUCAAAAACUUCGUGGCUUCGACGCUCCGUCGGCUUUUUGACGAGCCGAAGCAGGCAAAAAUCGAGACCAUUUCAGACGAUUUGCACCUCUUGACUUGGCUCGACUCGACAUUCCCUGGUGCUUUCAUUGACUACAGAGAAUGGCGCAAGUGGAUUGACCUUGCUGUGGCUGUCCUCCAGUGCAAUGGUGGAGAGGCUUCGCAAGUAAAGCUCACGGACAGCCAGACAUACGUGUCGUCGUAUGUGACGGCCGGACGCAUCUUAGCCCGGGUCUUCCAGUCAAGCCUGAUACGAAAUCUGACCGUCUCGAAAUCCUCCGCAAUGGAGGCCCUGGCCUACCUGGUUAAGACUGUUCAAAAACAAGAGGCUCGCAGAAAGGGCUCUGUUCCACUCUCCUGCUUGCGGAUUUUCUUCGAUUUCGCCUAUCGGUUGGGCAGCGCACUGGACGGCGACCACCAACGAAAGGACGUUGAGUUCUUACAAGCAGUCCUUGCAGCGCGUGUGAGAGAAGAAUCUGACAAAGCUCUUCCUGAUGCGGCAAACUCGGCGAAUCUCCUCAGACUCCAGCCAAUUGUCGACGCGCUCCUGUCCCUCGAAAAGGCUGGUCAAACGGACGAGUUGCGGGAUAUUGCGUCGGCUAUCCAGGAAAAGCUCGUGCAUAUCGAAGCAUACACUGGGCAGGAAUAUGCUGUUAGGCCAAAUUGGCGGAUGGAGCUCUCGCUGCGACGUCAGUGCACUAACUCUCCACUUGCGCCACAGAAACGACACGUCCAAGAGCUGUCCUCGUUAAUCACGCCUCUGGUCACCUACACCAACGAGAGCGCCGCUGCUCUUGCUGCUGAAGCAGAGAUAUUCAUUUGCCAACUCGAGCCGGCCAGCUGGCCUGCGACGUUGGAGCUUCUUCUCCAAAAGAGCGAGCAAGUGGAAUGUCAGCCAGCAUGUGCGGUGAUUAUGGCUUGCAUCUUAGGGCGUAUCAAGACACAACACAUAUUGCGAUACCCGACGUUGGCUCAGGCUCUAGCGCAGGUUGUGUGUAUGAGCACCGCAUCCACGCGACUCAGCACCACCGGCCUACUUCUCGCCUUGGAAAAUUGCAAAAGUGCGCUCGAACUUCAUCCCAUGGUGGUGAAUCAAUCAGUCCUGGAUCGGCUGCUGGCAUCGCUGCACGCCGUCGCCUCUGCGGAACCCAACGGAGCGCGAUCUCUGCAGAUCAGAGAUCCAGAUACUGGCCCCACACCGGCCGACAUUUAUCGACGGAUAUGUGGAGUCAUUGGAGCUAUACUUGGAAGACACCGCAGACGCCUCACCGAUCGUUAUCAUUUGUUACUUCCGAUCCUACAAAGCCUCUUGCGAUGUCUGUUUUGGCCGGGUCAGAGAGCGCUGGAAAGUCACCGAGGCAGCAGUGCGAAUGCAAUCAAGUCCUUCGGCAGGUCAAUGCCCACGUGGCUGCAUGAAACUGCAGAAUCCCUGCCGCAGUCCUCGGCAGAGCAAUUUGCUCGUCUCCUGUCGUCAAUCUCGAAUCCCACGGUGUCGGCUGCACGAUUGUCCAAUAAGCGUGGCCGCAACGAGCUGAAUGAUGUCGUGAAUCGAGCCCGGAAAUUGGCAGGCCAGCACAUGCAGUAUCUUGUCAUGGAGUAUUGCCGAUGUGUCCUUGAUGGGCAAAUCAACCCGUCAACCAAGGACCAGUUGAUGCCAGGGAUGUAUCGAGUCAUGGACGCCCUCGACCGAGACGUCAUGAGGGCCAUGAAUGCAGGUCUAGAUCCAAGCAGCAGAACUAUAUUCAAGGGGCUGUAUGACAGUUGGGUACGGUAUGGCAAAUGGGACAAGAGUUAG